AUAUGGCCUAAAACCGUGCUUUGGAUUUGAUUUCAAAAAACAAUAUGAGCAGUCAUGUAUCUGUUUCGUGGUGAAUUUGGAUGUAUGCUUUACACUGGUGAUUUUCGUUGGGAAAAAACAAGUGAUAGAGCACUUAUAGGAAGGGAAAUGCUACUUGAUGCUCUGAAGGAUGUAAAACUUGAUUACCUAUACUUAGAUAAUACCUAUUGUAAUCCAGCAUAUACCUUUCCUUCUCGUGAAGUGGCUGCUAAGCAGGUGUUGAAUAUCAUUGCCUCUUAUCCAGAGCAUGAUAUUGUUAUUGCUAUUGACUCUCUGGGGAAAGAAAACCUUUUGGUAUACAUAUCUCGUGCACUUAAGGUAAAGAGCCGUCUGAUCCUGGAGAUCGGAUCUGUGAUACGAAGGUAACAAAGUCUGUAGCAGUGGUGAAUGGUACGAACCAGAGCGAAGAUGGAUAUACGCGUGGAUAACUUGGAGCGGAAUCUGGCUGAGAUGCGAGAGGAACAGGAUCGGAAAUUAUUGGAGGUGCAGCAGGAACUCCGAUCAGCGAUGAAUGAUCAGCGGCUGGCGAUGGAAAAUCUGGCGGCAUCCAUGGCCGCGAUGAAUGAGCAGCUGCGGACCAGAGAGAGAUCACGAUCUCAACCUCGACAUCAUCUGCGAUCUUCUCGCAGCCCAACUACUUCUGGAGGUAAUCCGAACUUGUCGCAUAUCCAAAAUCCCCCUGUUGGUAAUCAUGUGUUGUCGCCUAUACCAAAUCACAGAAGGCCAGAUGAUAUGUAUCGAUUUCCAGUAUAUACGGGUAGAAAAAUUGAUUUGCCUGUGUUUGAUGGAGAAGGUGCUUACAGUUGGAUUGUAAGGAUGGAAAGGUAUUUUCGUCUGAACAAUAUUAAUGAAGAAGAACAGGUGGAAGCUGCUGUAGUGGCUAUGGAAGGCAGAGCUAUCAACUGGUUUAUAUGGUGGGAACACCAGAAUGAAAGGAGGACGUGGGAGAAUCUGAAGACUUCUAUCGUUCGCAGGUUUCAGCCAGACUUAAUUCAGAAUCCAUAUGGGCCGAUGCUUAGCCUGAAACAGACUGGCACUGUAAGGGAUUACAGGGAUGAGUUCGAACUGGUGAUAGCUCCCCAAAUCAAUGUUGACAUGGAGAUAUUGAAGGGAAUUUUCCUUAACGGCCUUAAGAAUGAGAUCAAAGCUGAACUCAAACUGCAUAAUUCCACUGCUUUGAAUGACAUCAUGGAUAUGGCCCUUCUGGUUGAAACUAGAAACGAAGCUAUCUAUCUGAAGACUAAUGGUGAAGAUAAAGUAACUUGGAAGGAAAAGGGACCUAGUGCUACCAAACAUCAGACUUGGGUGGAUGGAUUUAAAGCAAAAAUAGGGAACUCGGGGUCCAACAAUAAUGGCAAAGGUGCAGCUGAAAGCAUGGAUUUCAAUUCUUGGUUUGAGAAGAUGGGAAAGAAGGUGACUGAAAUAAACAAUUCAGAAAUCAGAAAGGUAGGUCCUCAGUUAUCCCAGGAAGAGUUUCAGGAAAGGAGUAGGAAGGGACUGUGCUUUAAAUGUGGGGAGAAGUGGAGCAAAGAGCACAAUUGCAAACUGAAAAAUUAUAAGCUAAUGAUGGUUGAAGAUUCAGAUGGAGAGAAGGAGCAUGAUAAGGAUUCUGAAAGUUCUGAGGAAGAAGUUACUAUGGAGUCCAAAUCAAUGCAAUUAUCCUUCAUGAACCAAGAAGGAACACCUUCUAUGAGGGCUUUUAAGGUACAAGGGAUUCUGAAAUGGGUUAAGGGAGAGAAGAUAGUAGAUGUUCUGAUUGACAGUGGAGCUUCACACAAUUUCAUAUCUCAGAAAUUGGUUGGGCAGAUAAGUUUACCUUAUCAUACCACUUCUGGCUACAAAGUGCAGACUGGCAAUGGAGAUGUGGUAUUCAAUAAUGGCAAAUGUGAAAAAUUAAUUUUAAAUAUGCAAGGCACUGUUAUUCAGCAAAAAUUUUAUAUAAUGGAGUUGGGAGGAGCUGACUUAGUUCUUGGCAUGGAAUGGCUAACCAGCUUGGGGGAUGUGGAAGUUAACUUUCAGAAACAAAGUAUAAAGUGGCAGCAAUUUGGAACAAAUCAGGUCAUUCAAGAAGAUCCACAGUUUAACUCGACUGAAGAAUCACUGCAAACCAUGGUACAGAUCAUACAGGAUACUGGGGAUGGAUACCCUGUGUCCUGUGAAGGCAGAAUUGAGGAAAGGAAGGAAGGACAACAGAAGGAUCAUAUCAGGAAAGAUAUUUUGGCAGAAUUUCCUUAUGCCAGUUUUUUUUUCAGACCCCAAAUAGCAGCAGGUUCUGCACCAUUCAUAUCCUUGUGUGCACCUAUCAUUUGUGGAUUACAAGGUUCUUAUUGGAAAGCCUUCUUAAAGAAUUCUGAAAUGGAAUCUGCCAUUAGCAUUGAUCAGUUCUUGGAUAUUCAUGUUGAUCGUAUCAGUACCAGGGAGACUAGAUUUUCAAGGAGUGUAGCAGCUGAAAUCAAAGAGCUAGGGUCAUAUCUUGAAGGACUACACAAGACUGCUAAAUUCCAGAUUCAGGACAACAAGGAGCUCUAUGAAAACGCUGGGAAUGCCUUAGAGAAAUACUGGUCUGAGGAAGUGAGGAUUAAAGGUCCAAUGCUGCUGAUAGGGAUACAAAAAUCCACACUGUAUUGGGAAGGGAGAAGUGCAAGAAAGAAGUACAAGUGGGAGAUCAUGGCUGACUCCUAUCACCCACCUUGAGGACAAGGUGGUUGUUUAGGGGGGGAGUAUUGAUAGGAAUAAGUAAUGAUUGGGCCUAUUCAUUAAAUAAUUAGUGGGCCUAUUCAAUAAAGAGUAUAAUAGAAAGGAUAAAAAGUCUAUUAUUAGUUAAUAGUUCCUUUUAUCCCUGCGUGGAUAAGGACUAUAAAUAGAAGGGGAGUCAGCUAAAAUAGGCAGGCUGUUAUUUGGUUUGGACUUGGACUUUGGAGACUGGGCAUCUCGAAUCGUCCAUCACUGUAUACCUAUUUCGGUUCUUCGCUAUUCAAUAAACACGCUUCUACUUCUUUUCUGCUUCAUUUCUCUGGAUCUGUUAUUGUUCUUGCUUGAUUACUACCAGUGCCUUAUCAUUGGUAUCACAGAUUUGUUCAAGAAAGCUUUUCAAAUAAGCUUUGUUUGGUUUAGGAAACUUAUUUGAUAACUUUGAGCUAACUUAAUAAGCUUCUUGGAGUAGCUUUUCAAAAAAGCUAAACAAUUCGUUUUAGAAUAUUUAUUGAUCCCAUUUGAAACACAGUUUUAUGUCAUUUUAUAUACUCCCUCCAUAUCAAAAUAACUGUCCCCGUUUUCUUUUUGGGUUGAAUCAAAUUAAUUGUCGCAUUUCCCUUUUUGGAAAGAAAUAUAUCCUAAAGGCAGCUACAAUACACAUUAAUGAAGUCUAAUUGAAAAGUCUACGGUAAUUAUCUUAAACUAUGUGAAAAAGUAAAUGUGACAGUUAUUUUGACAUGAAAGGAGUAUUGAAGUUAGCUUAUUAGUAAUUUAUACCACAUGCCAUAUCUAAGAUCAGCUAGCUUAUCAAAUACUCCGUAUAAGCGAUAAGUUACAACUUUCUUCUUAUCAACAGUUGGCUGACUUAUCAAGUACUACCUCCGUCCCCCUAAGUUUGGGGCAAGAGAAGGACACCCGCACGGGUAGCUCAGUUGGUCGAGUGGUGGGAAAUUUGGAACAAUGACCAAGGUUCGAAUCUCCACAGCGGCCGAGUGGAGGUCACAGAACCUGAAAUAAGGUUAGGCCUCUGGUGCGCACGGGUGCAUGGGCCUACUGCCACUCUACUGACUGAGUCACCGUGACUUACAUCCUCCCAAAAGUCUUGUCGGGUCGGGGCGUGGGGGGCGCUUGGGGUUGGCGAUUCAACCUUUUGGAACAAUGGGACAAGAGAAGGUGGCACGGUUAUUAAUAAAAGUGAGUUUAUGUGGUUGGUAUUGAAUUGAUAAUGUAAGAAUAAAGUAGGAAUGAUUUAGAACCACACAAACUUUACCAAAUAAGGUAUGUGACAAUCUUAGUGGGACGAGCCGAAAUGGUAAAAUGGGACAAUCAUAGCGGAACAGAGGGAGUAGCUUAUUAGCUUGUUUUGUCAAACGCCUCAUAUCUGCAAAAAAAAUUAACUGCUGACUCCUGACUUAUGUAUGCUUACACACACACACACUAAUACUUGUCAAUUAAGCAAUUCACAUUUGUUAUUUCUUCAAAUUUGUUACAGAUAUGGGUGUGGCCGGAACGCCUGCAAACCAUGCAUCUCCUUGGUUUCCAUGACAUUUUCACAACCAAAACUUCUCUUACUAGAGUCCGUGCAGUCCCCCGUUACAGUUUUAGUAUAGAGACUUUAGAAGGUCUGAAUACGAUACGCCCCACCAUCGGAAUUAUGCCAUCUGGACUUCCAUGGGUAUUGAAAACCAAUAAGGGAAAGCCCAAUCCUUUUGGUCCAGAUAGGUACCAUCAGUACAUAUAUACUGUUCCAUACUCUGACCAUUCUUGUUAUCCCGAAAUACAAGACUUUGUGAAACUUUUAACUCCAAUUAAUAUUGAAGGCAUUGUUACUUCUGCCCCUUCUUACAUUAACAACCCCUUGUACUACUUUGGACAUCUUUGUGGGACAAAGCAUACACCACAGGUGGUAUCACACCAGCAGCUAGAAACCACAAGAAGUGGCAAUUCCAAGUUAGAAAGGAAGAAUGUGAUUAAGAAGUUGCAGAAGAGGGGGGGUCGGGUGAGUCGGGCUAGCAUACUGAGGAGAGUGCAGCGAGGGGUAAAGGUUCUUGAUUCAGAAGCUAGUUUUGUUUAAUUUGUGUCUAUUAUGUAUGUGUGUGGACUGGAGUAAUCUACAAUAACAAAGGGUCUAGUAGUUUGAUUUUCUAUCAUUAUUACAUGCACUGUUUUCUCGUACUCUGCGUUCGUUAUAACCGAUAUACGGACAAUAAGGAUGUUUUUACUUGGACUGUAA